GUUCCGGUUCGUUUUCAUGAAAACAUAAACAUCUGUAGAUUGUAGGUUAUUUUGUUUUAUAAUAAAUGCAGAUUUAUUCAUAGAAAUAUCAGUUAAAAUGAGUAAUCUCAUAAACUUUGCUUUAAGAAAGGGUGCAAGCCUGUUGACAAGGCGCAGCCUGCAAUGUUUUCGACUAGCACUUCCGGUAGUGGUCAACAAAACGCCGGUUGCUGGCGCAAUAAAAAACUAUUCCUCUCGAGCUGCGCCGUUUGAUGUGAGCACAAGCGUGCCAAAGGAUUUAAUCCUCUUCAAGUAUGAGAAUCCAAGGUUCUACAAAAUGCUGAACUUUUUCGGAAUAUGCCAAUUUGUGUUCUGGACAUACCUUUCCCACUUUGCCUUUACAACGCUAAAGGAUGCCCCCGUGGUGGAGAAGCCAGGAGACGAGUUGAAGUGGUUUCAGCGCAUAAAUCUUGGCGACAACAAGUACAGGAAUGGCAUCACCGCUUGCUGCUUUUUGAUUGGCUACGGAAUUUUGUUUGCGGUUUGGAUGUUUACGCUCCGCUCCGUGCGUUUCCUCAUCCUACGCAAGGGUGGUCAGAGUGUCUCGUUUGUUACCUAUGGACCCUUCAACCGCAAUCGUAUUAUGACUGUCCCACUUAAAUGCAUCUCAGCGCAGGAGUCCCGUGAAAUGGCCAGGGUGCAACUACCCAUCAAGGUUAAGGAUAGGACACUCUACUACGUGCUGGAUAUGCGUGGAGAAUUCCGUAACCCCCAACUGUUCGACUACACGGCGGGGUUAAAGAGACGCAUUUAAGUGAUUUGUUCAGUUCAUUAAAAAUUUUGCAACUUAUUUGUAAAUACACAUGUACCCUAAUUAAUCGUAAACUCUGACUUA